AUGCGCAAGCAAGCAAGGCCUGUCCGAGCCCCUCUCUCCGGGCCCGACAGCGGCAAAACCAGCGGGCAGCAGCUGCCCCCAUCUCCCGCUGCCCAGCCGCGAUCUCCCGCUGUCCACCUGCGGACCGGCGCUUCUGACAUGCGGCUGGAAAAGCGCACCGCGUAUCCGGAUGGAGCGAGCGACCACCGUACUCCCUGUAGCUUCAUCCGCUCCCAUCGCAGCUGUCUGACCGCCGGUAUUGCCGUGCUACUGAGUCUGAUCGCUGUGGGACUAGUGCUAGAGGAAAGAAAACAGGUAUCUAUCAAUGUUGAUGCGUUGCGAAGCGACCUGGACAAAAUCUCCAAACUGUUCACCACACUUUCCGGCCCUCCAGCACUUGAAAGGGGAGCCAUUGGGCCGGCUGGUCCUCCAGCAGAAAGGGGAGCCAUUGGGCCGGCUUGUCCUCCAGAAGAAAGGGGAGCCAUUGGGCCGGCUGGCCCUCCAGCAGAAUGGGGAGCCAUUGGGCCGGCUGGCCCUCCAGCAGAAUGGGGAGCCAUUGGGCCGGCUGGCCCUCCAGCAGAAUGGGGAGCCAUUGGGCCGGCUGGCCCUCCAGAAGAAAGGGGAGCCGUUGGGCUGGCUGGCCCUGUGACUGUCGGGCCUCCUGGACCUCCGGGAGAAAAAGGAAUCAUGGGUACGCCUAGUCUGGCAGUUGGCCCAACCAGACCACCUGUACGGCCUCAAACAUCCAGACAGCGCAUGCCAAAUAAAGAAGAACAGUGCCAGAGUGGGUGGGUGGGAUACAACGUCCACUGCUACAAGUUUAAGAGACAGGAACUCACUUGGAACGACGCGCUCACAGAGUGUGGAAAGGAAGGUGCAAACGUGGCCUCCAUCGCAAACCGUGGGGAAAACUAUUUCAUUGCAGGUCUCAGCUUGAAUGCCCCACGUGCUGUGUGGAUUGGACUUCGUAGACGUGGAGACUCUUGGAUAUGGACGGAUGGGUCACCACGCAGAUAUGCCAACUGGAGACCUGGUGAGCCUAACAACUUCAAGACUAUCUUCAGUGGUGGAGAACACUGCGUUUCCAUGUACUCUAAGGAUGGCAGGUAUUUGGUAGGUACAUGGAAAACAGGAGAGUGGAAUGACGUACGAUGCCGCAACAAAUAUCCUUUCAUUUGCAAGAAGCUAAAAUCAUGGUACUAGUAGUCUUGUGGAUGUAAAAGAAUACUAUUCUGCUACAGGUUUCUGGGACUGCAGUAGCAAUAAUUAAGGUCUUCAUU